GGGGGGAGGCGGGUGACAAGGACGUGGCCAAUGCCCAGGGGGUCUGCUGAAGUCCAGACGCCAACUGCCUUCCUACUGGGCCCAGACAGCUGGUCCCUCAUUGGGCAGUUGCAGGCUGUGUAGACCAGCACACAGGAUGUCUCUGACCCUCCUCGGUUCUCGCUCUCCCCGACAGAUCUCCGAAGACCUGAGCACGGAGAAGCUCUGCAUGGACGCUGCCCCAGCGGGGUCCGGCAGCUGGCUCAAGUACAUCCGGGUGGCCUGCUCCUGUAAUGACCAGAACCUCACCAUGUGCCAGAUCAACGAGCAGAUUUAUUAUAAAGUCAUCAAGGACAUCGAGCCUGGGGAAGAGCUGCUGGUGCACGUGAAGGAAGGCGCGUACUCCCUGGGCCCGGUGCCCCCCGGUCUGGAUGCAGGGGAGCCCACGUUCCGCUGCGACGCCUGUGACGAGCUCUUCCAGUCCAAGCUGGACCUGCGGCGCCACAAGAAGUACGCGUGCGGCUCCGUGGGGGCCACGCUCUACGAGGGCCUGGGCGAGGAGCUCAAGCCGGAGGGGCUCGGCGGUGGGGGCGGCGAGCAGGCCCACGAGUGUAAGGACUGCGAACGGAUGUUCCCCAACAAGUACAGCCUGGAGCAGCACAUGGUCGUGCACACGGAGGAGCGGGAGUACAAGUGUGACCAGUGUCCCAAGGCCUUCAACUGGAAGUCCAACCUCAUUCGCCACCAGAUGUCCCACGACAGUGGCAAGCGCUUCGAAUGUGAAAACUGCGUGAAGGUGUUCACAGACCCCAGCAACCUCCAGCGGCACAUCCGCUCCCAGCACGUGGGCGCCCGGGCCCACGCCUGCCCCGACUGCGGGAAGACGUUCGCCACGUCCUCGGGCCUCAAGCAGCACAAGCACAUCCACAGCACCGUCAAACCUUUCAUAUGUGAGGUCUGCCACAAAUCCUACACGCAGUUCUCCAACCUGUGCCGCCACAAGCGGAUGCACGCCGACUGCCGCACGCAGAUCAAGUGCAAGGACUGCGGGCAGAUGUUCAGCACUACCUCCUCCCUCAACAAGCACCGGCGGUUCUGCGAGGGCAAGAACCAUUACCCGCCGGGCGGCAUCUUCGCCCCGGGCCUGCCCCUCACCCCCAGCCCCAUGAUGGACAAGGCGAAGCCGCCCCCCAACCUCAACCACGCCGGCCUGGGCUUCAACGAGUACUUCCCGUCCCGGCCGCACCCGGGCGGCCUGCCCUUCUCCGCGGCGGCCCCCCCGUUCCCCGCGCUGGCCCCGGGCUUCCCGGGCAUCUUCCCCCCGUCCCUGUACCCCCGGCCGCCCCUGCUACCUCCCACGCCGCUGCUCAAGAGCCCCCUGAACCACACCCAGGACGCCAAGCUCCCCAGCCCCCUGGGGAACCCGGCCCUGCCCCUCGUCUCCGCCGUGGGCAACAGCGGCCAGGGAGCCACGGCCGCCGCGGGGCCUGAGGACAAGUUCGAGCGCCGCCUGGAGGACUCAUACGCCGAGAAGCUCAAGACGCGGGGCAGCGACCUGUCCGACGGCAGCGACUUCGAGGACGUCAACACCACGACCGGGACGGACCUGGACACGACCACGGGCACGGGCUCAGACCUGGACAGCGACGCGGACAGCGACCGGGACAAGGCCAAGGACAAGAGCAAGGCGGCCGAGGGCAAGCCCGAGUGCGGGGGCGGCGCGGCGCCCCCGGGCGCCCCGAACAGCGUGGGCGAGGUGCCGGUCUUCUACUCCCAGCACGCCUUUUUCCCGCCGCCCGACGAGCAGCUGCUGGCCGCCUCGGGCGCCGCGGGCGACUCCAUCAAGGCCAUCGCCUCCAUCGCGGAGAAGUACUUUGGCCCCGGCUUCGUGGGCAUGCAGGAGAAGAAGCUGGGCUCGCUGCCCUACCACUCUGUGUUCCCCUUCCAGUUCCUGCCCAACUUCCCCCCGGCCCUCUGCCCCUUCGCGGACCGCUCCCUCGCCCACAACUUGCUGGUCAAGGCCGAGCCGAGGUCGCCCCGGGACGCCCUCAAGGUGGGCGGCCCCAGCGCCGAGUCCCCCUUCGACCUCACCACCAAACCAAAAGAGGCAAAGCCCGUGCUGGCCGCGCCCAAGGCGCCCCCGGCGCCAGCGUCCGGGGAAGAACAGCCACUGGACCUGAGCAUCGGUAGCCGCGUCCGAGCCAGCCAGAACGGAGGGGGGCGGGAGCCCCGCAAGAACCACGUCUACGGGGAGCGCAAGCUGGGGGCCGGGGAGGGGCUGCCCAAGGCGUGCCCGGCACAGCUGCCCCAGCAGCCCUCCCUGCACUACGCCAAGCCGUCGCCCUUUUUCAUGGACCCCAUCUACAGCAGGGUAGAGAAGCGGAAGGUGACAGACCCCGUGGGAGUCCUGAAGGAGAAGUACCUGCGGCCGUCCCCUCUGCUCUUCCACCCCCAGAUGUCAGCCAUCGAGACCAUGACAGACAAGCUGGAGAGCUUCGCGGCCAUAAAGGCGGAAGCGGGCAGCUCCCUGCAGCCCCUCCCCCACCACCCCUUCAACUUCCGGUCCCCACCCCCCACGCUGUCAGACCCCAUCCUCAGGAAGGGCAAGGAGCGGUAUACGUGCAGGUACUGUGGCAAGAUAUUCCCCCGAUCGGCAAACCUCACGAGACACCUGAGGACGCACACAGGGGAGCAGCCGUACAGGUGUAAGUACUGCGACCGCUCCUUCAGCAUCUCCUCCAACCUGCAGCGGCACGUCCGGAACAUCCACAACAAGGAGAAGCCCUUCAAGUGCCACCUGUGCAACCGCUGCUUCGGGCAGCAGACCAACCUGGACCGGCACCUCAAGAAGCACGAGCACGAGCACGCCCCAGUGAGCCAGCACUCCGGGGUCCUCACAAACCACCUGGGGACCAGUGCCUCCUCCCCCGCGUCCGAGUCAGACAACCAUGCACUUUUAGACGAGAAAGAGGACUCCUAUUUCUCUGAAAUCAGAAACUUUAUUGCCAAUAGUGAGAUGAACCAAGCAUCAACGCGAACAGACAAACGGCCGGAGGUCCAGGACCUGGACGGCAACUCCCAGUGUCCGGGCCUGGCCAGCGGGAAGCCGGAGGACGUGGAGGAGGAGGAGGAGGAAGAGGAGGAGGAGGACGACGACAGUCUGGCGGGGAAGUCCCAGGACGACACCGUGUCCCCCACGCCCGAACCCCAGGGUGCCUAUGAGGACGAGGAGGACGAGGAUCCGCCCACCUCCCUGGCCGUGGGCUUCGAACACACGCGAAGGUGUGUUGAGGAGCAACCAGGCGGUCUGUUAGCUUUGGAGCCGAUGCCGACUUUUGGGAAGGGGCUCGAUCUGCGCAGAGCAGCUGAGGAAGCGUUUGAAGUUAAAGAUGUGCUUAAUCCCACCUUAGACUCUGAGACUUUAAAGCAGACACUGUACAGGCAGGCUAAGAACCAGGCGUAUGCAAUGAUGCUGUCCCUCUCCGAGGAGGCUCCUCUCCACACCUCUUCCCAGAGCCCUCUGGACGCCUGGUUAAACAUCACGGGAGCCACGCCAGAGUCCGGAGCCUUUAACCCCAUCAACCACCUCUGACGGGCCCAGGACGGGCUGGGGUCUGAGUCCAAGCAAGGCAUCGUGGGGCCCCGACGUCCCAACAGAAGUCCCGGCUGCGGGAGAUGGAGAAGUGAGCCUUGGGGAGCGGCGUGGCCUGGGCCAGAGAGACCCCCCAUCACCUGUGUGUACAUACCCCCAGACACCCCCCCCCCCCCCCACACACACACACACUAUGGUUCAGCUCUAACUUUUCCGGU